AUGGCGAUGCGGUCCGCUGUCCUGGCCGCUGGCCUGCUCAUUGGCUCUGCACAAGCUUUGACCAUCGAGGGUAUGCUUGCUGCGCCUCGCAGAAGCACAGGAAGUCUGAGUCCCAUGGGUGACCGAGCCCUUUUCUCAGCGACCAGCUACAAUUGGACGACAGCCAAGGCUACGACCGAAUGGUACUUCCUUGAUGUCGAGAGCGGCAACACUACGAAGGCACCUUUCGGAUCUGAGGUUUCCGAGGUUGUCUGGAUUGGCGAGACGGAAGAUAGCAUUCUGUACCUGAAUUCCAGUAACGAGGCAAUUCCUGGAGGCGUAGCUCUCUAUACAGCCGAUCUAAGCGCCGAGUUCAACCCCACAUUGGUAGCAUCUCUAGGCGCACCAUUCUCUGGUCUGAAGGCUGCGAAGACCACUGAUGGCUCCAUUAACUGGGUCGCCAACACGCUCGCCUACUGGAACAACGGGUCUGCCUAUAACCCUGAGCUUGCCUCCAAGCCUAAGUCCGCAGGACAGCUGUACGAUGCAAACUUCGUUCGCCACUGGAACUACUACAUCACCGAGCAGCGAUAUGCUGUGUUCAGUGGCAGCCUUGCUAAGGGCAAUGGUAGCUACUCCUUCAAUGGAAAGGUCACCAACCUGCUGAACGGCAUCAACUCUACCAUAACCAAGCCGGAGAGCCCGGUUCAAGGAUCUUCGAGCGAUCCUGGUGACUACGAGAUUUCUCCUGACGGCAGCAAGGUGGCCUUCCGCAGCAAGUCUCCAGAUCUGCCAAAGGCCAACUACACAGCAAGUUAUAUCUACGUGGUUCCUCACGAUGGCUCCGAGGUGGCAGUCCCCAUUAACGGACCUGGCACGACCGCCCCUGAGACCGCUCAGGGUGCUUCUACCUUCCCCACAUGGAGUCAUGACAGCAAAAAACUGGCGUAUGGUCAGCAAGACGGCAUCGACUACGAGUCUGACCGUGUCAAGCUCUAUGUUGCAGGUAUCAAUGGCUUGAACUCCCAGGUGCAUGCAGUUGCUGAGAACUGGGAUUCAUCCCCCUCAGGCCUCAAGUGGAGCCCCGACGAUGCCGAUCUCUGGGUUGUCUCUGAGCUCCAUGCCUCAAACCGUCUCUGGCUCGUUCCUCACGACGCCCCUGCUGACUUCAAGCCUGUGAACUUCACCGGACCUGACACUGUGCUGUCCGACUUCGACAUCCACCCAGACGGCUCCGCAUUCGUCUCAGCUGCUGCCUCGUGGACAAGCCGUAUCUUUUACAAGCAGUACCCUGGCCAAGACAAGAAUGUCAUUUUCACAGCUAACAAAGUUGAUCCCGAGCUUACUGGUCUAUUGCCCAACUCGACCUCCAAUUUCUGGGUAGAGAACGAAGAUGGCGACCAGGUCCAGUCCUUCGUUUUCUACCCCACUGACUUCAACCCCGAGGAGAAGUACCCUUUGAUGUUCAUCAUACACGGUGGACCUCAAUCCACCCAGGGUGAUAACUGGAGUGUGCGUUGGAAUCUGCGUCUUUGGGCAGACCAAGGCUUCGUCGUCGUCGCAACCCAGUUUACCGGCUCGCCCUCAUACAGUCAAGCCUUCACCGACAAGAUCCAAGCAAACUGGGGCGGAAGUCCAUACAACGACCUCGUCACCGUUUUCGACCACAUUAAAGCCAACAUCUCAUACAUCGACACCGACCGUGCCAUCGCCGGCGGUGCAUCCUUCGGCUGCUACAUGACCAACUGGAUCCAGGGCCACGCUCUGGGCCGCGAAUUCAAGGCCCUCGUCUGCCACGACGGCAAGGUCAACCAAGUUGCCAGCUACUCGACUGAUGAGCUGUGGUUCAUCCAGCGCGACAACAACGGCACGAUCUGGAACGAUCGCGCCAACUACGAGAAGUGGGAUCCUAUCAUCCACUCGAGCAACUUCAGCACGCCUGAAUUCAUCAUCCACAACGACCUCGACUACCGUGUGCUAAUAUCCGAAGGUCUGCAGACGUUCAACAUCUUGCAGAGUCUGGGUGUGCCGAGUCGCUUCUUGCAUUUCCCCGAUGAGGGCCACUGGGUCACGAAGAGAGACAACAGCUUGCUGUGGCACAAGAGCAUUUUUAACUGGAUCAGGUACUAUGCUGGUCUGGACGAGGAGCUCAUCCAAGAGGGUGUUAUUCACCAGUGA